AUGGUCGAUGAAGACUCGGAGAGCAACCUCGCCGACUCUCAGGUUGGGGAUGAGAACGAGUUGCCGGUUAUCCAGCUGUGCGGGCUGGUGGAGGAGCUCAGCUAUGGAAACUCAGCUCUGAAAACCGAGACAGAAAUGUUUGAGAAAUACUACCGGAGACUGGAACCCAAGGAUCAUCGACAGUCACGAUUAUCAGAUGUGAAAGUAACACCUGCCGAAUUUUCACAGGCACGAAGCAGGCGGAAAUCCAGAGCCCGCUCAGGUACGGACCGUAUGAUAGCCCUUACUGUGGAGCAGAAAUCUGAGCUGGUACAAAAGGAGCUGGAAGACACGAAGGAAGAAAUCAGACACAUGAGGGCAAAUGCUGAACGGAACCUUCAGCAUCAUGAGGCUAUUAUUGAGGAAGCUGAGAUCCGAGGGACUGAAGUUCAGAGGGCGGUACAUGAUUUUGAAAAAGAUAUUCUGAAAACCAUAUCCAAGAAGAAAGGGAGUAUUUUGGCCACUCAGAAAGUGAUGAAGUAUAUUGAGGACAUGAAUCGCCGGAGGGAUGAUAUGAAGGAUAAAUUAUGUCUGAAAAACGUUUCUCUCAAAGUUCAGAGGAAAAAAAUGCUUUUACAAUUGAGGCAGAAGGAAGAAGUGGGCGACGCUCUUCACGAUGUGGAUUUUCAGCAGCUGAAGAUUGAGAAUGCUCAGUUUUUAGAAACGAUUGAAGCGAAGAAUCAAGAACUGAUUCAACUAAAGCUGACAUCUGGAAAUACUCUGCAGAUCCUCAACGCAUACAAAAGCAAGCUUCACCAGGGAUUGGAAAUGUCCAUCACUCUGGACAAAGAGAUGAUGCUGAGAAACGAGUUACUUGAAAAAGUGGAAAGAGAAACUGUACAAGCAGAGGAGGACCGGGCCAGGGCCGAGUAUGCGAACAAGAAGUUACGGAAGCAACUGUCCAAGUUCCGAGCACCACCCGUAAUGGCAUAUGUCCAGGAGAAGAUCAUAAAUGGGGAGCUGGAGAAGACUAUCAAGACGUGGGAAAGGAAAGUCGAGAUCACCGAGAUGUCUUUGAAAGGCUACCGUAAGGUUUGGAAUAAAAUGAAAGCCACUUGUGAGCAGCUGCAGGCAAUGGACUCCCUUGGGAAGUGA